UCUGGAACCUGGACCCACCCGGGAUACUACUCUGGCCCCGCGGAGCAGGCGGAGCAGGUAACUCCAUGCAUUGGAGACCAUGGAUAAAUAUGAUGUGAUUAAGGCCAUUGGGGAAGGUGCCUUUGGGAAAGCAUACCUGGCCAAAGGGAAAUCAGAUAGCAAGGACUGUGUUAUAAAAGAGAUCAAUUUUGAAAAGAUGCCCAUCCAAGAAAAAGAAGCUUCAAAGAAAGAAGUCAUUCUUCUGGCGAAGAUGAAACAUCCCAACAUUGUAACCUUCUUCAGUUCAUUUCAAGAGAACAACAGGCUGUUUAUUGUGAUGGAGUACUGUGAUGGAGGGGAUCUCAUGAAAAGGAUCAAAAAACAACGGGGAGUGUUACUUAGUGAAGAUCAGAUUCUGAGUUGGUUUGUACAGAUUUCUCUAGGACUGAAACAUAUUCAUGACAGGAAGAUCUUACACAGGGACAUAAAAACACAGAACAUUUUCCUUAGCAAGAAUGGAAUGGUUGCAAAGCUUGGGGACUUUGGUAUUGCAAGAGUCCUGAACAAUACCAUGGAACUUGCUAGAACUUGUGUUGGAACGCCUUACUACUUGUCCCCAGAGAUCUGUCAGAAUAAACCCUACAACAAUAAAACGGAUAUUUGGUCUCUUGGCUGCGUCUUAUAUGAGCUCUGCACACUCAGACAUCCUUUUGAGGGUAACAACUUACACCAGCUGGUUCUGAAGAUUUGUCAAGCUCGUGUUCCCCCAAUAUCUCCAAGGUUUUCCCAUGACCUACAGUCCUUAAUAUCCCAGCUCUUUGAAGUAUCUCCCCGAGCUCGACCAUCCAUUAGUUCCAUUUUGAAAAGGCCCUUUUUAGAGAAUCUUAUGGCCAAAUACUUGACUCCCGAGGUCAUUCAGGAAGAAUUCAAUCACACCCUCAGACAUAAAGCAAGAUCGUCUGCUUCUCGACCUGCUGAGAAGGUGGUCCCAGAUUUUAAAAUGCAGAAAGUGAGAUUCCAGGGAAAGUGCCUGCCAAGAUCAAGGAGGAAGGACAUAUGUAGAAAUGAAUGGAGACCGCCAGCUGGAGUCCAGAAGCCCAUAUCUAUAAAAAUGGUAGAAAGGCCCAAACUUGCUGCAGUGUGUGGACAUUAUGAUCAUUAUUAUGAUCAACUUGACUUGUUGAGGGAGAGAGCCAAUGGACAAAAUUACCACUAUGUUCCUCAGAAAGAUACCAGAGUUGAGGAGGAUUAUAAUCAGGAAGAAAGCCACAGUCCAUCUUCAGGUCAAUGGCUUGCCGAGUACCUUCAGAGGAGAUGUGAAGCUCAACGACAUAAGCUGAAAGUGGAAAAGCAAUUGGGUAUUCGUCCAUCUUCUGCUGAGCCAAAUCACAACCAGAGACAAAAGCUAAGAAGUAAUGGGGAAGAGCCUGGAUUCCAGGAGCUGCAGUUCAGGAGAAAUGAAAGGAAGGAGCAGGAAUACUGGAAGCAGCUAGAAGAAAUACGCCAGCAGUACCACAACGACAUGAAAGAAAUUAGAAAGAAGAUGGAGUGUGAACUGGAGGAAGACUCAAAAAUAAGUCAUAAAACAUAUUUGGUGAAGAAGAGUGACCUGCUCAUCCACCAAGAGGCACCUGAGGAAGAAGCACCUGUGCAGGAUAUUGAUAGAGACUUGAAACAAAUUGGACUUCAGAACACAAAGGAAAGUAAAAUUCCGGAACAAAAACAUAAAGCUAAGAGAGGGAUAAAGUUUGAAAUUAAUUUAGACAAAUGUAUUUCUGAUGGAGACACCCUCCAAGAGGAAGAGGCAAUGGAUAUACUGAAUGAAACUUUGACCUCUGAGGACGACGUUAAGUUUAAAGGGUAUAAAUGUAUAAAGGAGCAUGAAGAUUAUACAGACAAAGCAUUUGAAAAACUCUGUUGCCAGGAAGCAGACGGCCGAGUGAUCGUGAUUGAAGGCAUUCCAGAAAACAGGAAACAGUGGCGGCUUGAAACGCCGGGAACUUUAAUGAGUGUUUUGACAGCAGCACAUCUAACAAGUAGCUCAUUUUCUGCCAACGAUGGAGAAUUUGCUCCAGUUGCCCUGCUGGAAAAUGAGGGACCGUGUGGAACAGAGAGACAAGCCAUCCCAAAUGAAGCCAUGCUAGACCAGCCAACCUCCAGGUGGCCAGUGGGACCAUUAAAACAAUGGCUUCCUAAAGAAGAGGGGAAGGUAGAAGUGGCCUCUGACAUUGAAGUAGAUGAAGAACAACCAGGACCAAGAUCUGAUGAUGAUGAUACAAAUUUUGAAGAAUCUGAAGAUGAGUUGAGAAAUGAAGUAGUAGAAUCCCUGGAAAAACUCUCUACUUCCAAAGAGGCAGAAAAAAGGGAAGAGGUUUCCAGUUCCUCUAAGGAUGCUGAAAAGAAAGGGGAUAGGCAUACAGAAAUAUGCAGAAUUAAAUGAAAGUUUGUAGAGUAUUUUUACUCCAUCUGAUGACAAAAUUUGUAUUGUUGAUGAAGACCCAGGAACAUCAACCACCAGUCAAAAUAUACAAGUGUGAUUAUUGAACUUUUUCUUAAAUAACAAGUUAGUAUCUAUUACAGUGUCUCUUUGGGAGCAGUCAUAAAUAUACAUUUAUUGUAAGGGUUUUCCAGUAAUCCCAAGGCUUUAUUAGUUUUCUUCUCAAUUUAGACAAUAGGACUAACUUCUGAAUUAAUUAAAAUUAAUAAAAUUUAAUUAAAUAAUUAAAAUUAUUUAAUUUUUUUAAAAUAAUAAUUUUAAAAUUAUUUAAAAUUAAUAUUUGUACGCUGAGAAAUCUUUCAGAUAAUAUGUGUGGUUGGCAGAGUAAUGUGGCUCCCCUCACCCCACAUGCACCCAAAAAUGUGAAUAUAUUUUUACCUGGCAGAGGGGAAUUAAGGUUGCAGAUGGAAUUAAGGUUGCUCAUCAGCUGACCUUAAAAUAGGGAGGUUAUCUUGGAUUAUUCAGGUGGGCUCGAUGUAAGCACAAGAGUCUUUGAAAGUGGAGGAGGGAGGGAAAGGAGAGAACCAGAGAGGUGGCACCUGAGAGGGAUUCAGCUUGAUGCUGCUGCCUUUGAAGAUGGAGGAAGGAGCCACAAGCCAAGGAAUGCAGGCAGCCUCUAGAAGCUGGGAAAGGCAGGGCAACGGAUUCACCCCUAAGGCCUGCCGAAGAAAUGCAGCUCUGCCAACGCCUUGGUUUUAGCCUAGUGAAAUCCACUUUAGAUUUCUGACCUAUGGAAGUGUAAGAUAACAAAUUUUUGUUGUUUUAACUAAGUUUGUGGUCAUUUGUAACUAGUGAUAGAAAACUAAUAUACAAACUCAUUCAUUUAAAAUAAUGAAUCUGUCGUUUUAUAAAACCAUGACUUUGAAAUUUCUUAAGGUAUAUUGAACAUGCUUUUCUGAAGCUGAUGUUGACACUUACAGGAGUAAGGAGAGGAACAAGGCAUGUCAAUUAUGUACCAAAUAAUAAUUUUAUUGUUUCAUUGAAUUAUUUUCUAAUAGUUUCAAAUGUAUAGAUUAUAAACUUCUGGAAGGCAGGGACUAUAUCUGGUCUUUGUUUCUUAUGAUGAUCUUUUUAUAUAUAGCACUUAGCACCAUGCUAGAAAUGUUUCUUAACUGAGUAAGUAAAUACUAAUACAAUUUCCUCAUUAAGACUGUAAGCCCUUUGAGGCAGGAAACUAGACUUAAACUUUUUGUAUUAAUUAUAACAAUCCCAGUGUUGAACAUGUGCCUGGAGCUUAGCAGAUAUUUGUUGUACCUGCUGUUAUGAAGGACAAGAGUGGUUAUAUCUAAGUGGUAGAAUUCGGCCUGAAAUAGCUGGUCUAUAAUGAAAAUAAAACUAAGUUGGCACAUUGAUGCAUUGCUGAACCAAGUAAACAAAGAUGAGGAGUGGUUGGUCAAAUUAUUCCUAAGGUCUGCUUAGCAUUUACAUUUGGUAUAAUAUUAAAUGUGGGGCAUGUAAGUGUCAAGAUUUCCCUAACUGGGAUGUGUCCAGUCUUUUCUAUCUUUAUUUUCCUGGUGAUGUCUGAGGGGCUGUUCUUCCAACUUGGUGUAUAGAGUACAUUCUACUCUUUUAGGGCUCAGUAUGGUCAUAUCAUGAUGCUAAGAAUAUUUAACAAUUUCUCACCAUUAUGUUAGUUUCAAACUAGGUAACACAUGACCCUGAGGGAUUGAAGCAUCUUUAAUUCUAUAGCUCUUUUAGUGGUCAGUAUAUACAUGUUUAAUUUACUUUCAGGACAUUAUCUGGUUCAGACACUGAAUCUGCUGGUAUCAUCCUCAUUCUAAACAGUACCUGAAAGCAUGGAAAAUGAAACGUGGUUCCUGAAAAAUCCCGAAGAUCAAUUAUAUACAGGGGAAAAAAAACAGGAAUGUUUAAGGUCAGUGUUUAAGAGUAACAUAUCAGGUUUGCUCCAAUAACAAGAUGCUUGGCUAAAAUCUCCUUUAGGUAACAGCCACCCACCCUUAUCAUUCAUUCUAAGAUUUUGAGUUCUUUGCUGUAAAUUAGGAAGUAUUCAAUGUGAUAAGUAUGCGUAUCUGCAAGGUUUUUCAACCUGCUCCAGCCCAAUUCACCUUACCUAUCUUACACACACCGUCACCUUAAUCAUGUUCUUGAGGCCCAGUUCUGAUUGCUUUACUCUGGUUUUAGGCUUGGCUACAUCUGUUAAAUUGAAACUAUUGAUCAGACCUGCAUAUGUCUUUAGAAUAAAUUUUGUUAGAAAAAUCAUGCGUUUUGGUAACUAUGUAUGAUAUCUAUCAA